UCCCGCCUCCCUCCUGCUCGCACCACAGAAACAAUUCUUCCAUUCUCUCGUCUUGCACGAACAGUCAUUAAAGCAGAGUUUAUCUAAUGUAGGCCUGCUUCAUAGUGACUGAACAGAAACCGCUCUCCAGGAAACGGGUGUGAUCUCUUGUCAUAAGGAUGGGAUGACACAGGAAGAAAUGAGAGGCUGACAGUGCGAGCAAACCACUGGAUGGAAUAAAAGAUGACAGGAUGGAGGGACGAUAAAACCCGAGGUGGUCAUCAUGGCUGUGUGGAGGCGGUUUGCUGAAGCAUUACGGUGCAGGAUUCCCUCAGGUCGCGGUGAUGGAAGUGAAAUGUUUGGCGCUCCAUUGUGUGCCACUGACUGACUGACUGAACGCAUCUUUCCUUUCACCUGCGCAGAAAGACGAUGAGUGCGUUCAUGUGCUGCUGGCACUAACAGGAACCCGCGUUUAGUCCCCCCUCCUGCCCCCGCUGGUUCAGCACCGCGGACAGCGACCAUGACUCGGCUCCGCAGGAAAGCUCUUGUGGCGCUCUUCCUCUUCACGCUCUUCAUCUUCGGGGCCAUGAUGGGGCUCAGGACGCUGAAACCCAGCGACGGCUUCUCGGACCUGGCCCCCGGCAUGGACUUCAUCGGGGAGAGAUCCGACAGGAGGCGGCUGGAUGUGAAAAAAGACGUGGUGGUGUCUCCGGGCCAGUUCCACAUGGGCAGCAGCGACACUAAGGUGGUCUUCACCAAAUCAGACCGAGAUUACAGCAUCUUCUAUGAUGUUCACAUCUUCUACUACCUGUGGUACGGCUCCCCCAGCAUGGACAACAAGUACAUUCACUGGGAUCAUGUACUGGUGCCGCACUGGGACCCCAAGAUCGCAGCCAGCCAUGCCCAAGGAAGGCACACACCUCCAGAAGAUAUCGCUUCAAGUUUUUACCCUGAUCUGGGACCCUACAGUUCCAGGGACCCACAGGUGCUGGAGUCACACAUGGCCCAGAUAGAAGCGGCUGCAGCAGGGGUGCUGGUGCUGUCCUGGUAUCCUCCCGGGGUGGCAGACGACCACGGGGAGCCCACCGAGGACCUGGUUCCUGCUGUCAUGGACGCAGCCCACAGGCACAGCAUCAAGGUGGCCUUUCACAUACAGCCAUACAAAGGACGGACGGACCAGAGCAUGCAUGACAACAUCAAAUACAUUAUUGACAAGUAUGGAAAGCAUGGCGCCUUCUACAGAUUCAGGUCCAGCACAGGACGAGUCCUGCCUCUGUUUUACGUCUAUGACUCCUACCUAACGCCACCAGAGUCUUGGGCAGAGCUUCUGACAACUAAAGGCUCUCACAGCAUCAGAGGCACACCUUAUGAUGGCAUCUUUGUCGCCCUCAUUGUUGAGGAGCGCCACAAACAUGACAUCCAAGCGAGCGGCUUUGAUGGCAUGUACACUUACUUUGCCUCCAAUGGCUUCUCCUUUGGCUCAUCCCACCAGAACUGGAAAGCCAUUAAGACCUUCUGCGAUGCAAACAAUUUGCUUUUUAUUCCCAGCGUCGGUCCAGGGUAUGUGGACACAGCGGUUCGCCCAUGGAACAACCACAACACCAGGAACCGAGUUAAUGGACGUUACUACGAGACAUCCUUGCAAGCAGCUUUGUCUGUCAGACCAGAAAUUGUUACCAUUACUUCCUUUAACCAAUGGCACGAAGGCACGCAGAUAGAGAAGGCAGUACCCAAGAAAACUGUGACGCGUUUGUACCUAGACUACCAACCCAACCAGCCGGAGCACUACUUAGAGCUUACACGCCAGUGGGCUGAGAACUUUAACAAGGAGAAGGACAAGUGGCUGAUGUGAAAAUUCCCUGGAAGAUGCCCUGAGCAUGACCAGAAAUGACAGUCAGUCAGCUCUAUUAAAAGACGAUAGAGUUGUUCUAAACCAAUACCAGUAUUGAAAAUUCCUCUGAUACUGCCUAAAAUGCAGUUUUGGGUACAAGUAUGUGUGUCUGUGCACUGAUCCGAUACCACGUAAUUUAUUAGCCCCAAACAGUUCCCUGUUACUUCCAGCAGUGUCCGUUCAUCGUAUUUUUCCCAGGAUAGCAAAGUCAUGACCCUCCCUACUCUCAUUCUGACUCUGACAAAGGGUUUGACCUGAGUCAAGUCAUACAACAAUGAUAGCACUUAUACAGACUUCUAGUAUGAUACUACUACUAGUAUAUGCUUGUUAAAAAUCUUAAUGCACAUGUUUUUGAUUGAUACUCGGUAUCUGCUGAUACACAAAGUUCAGGUAUCAGAAUCGUGAAGGACAAAAUGGUAUCGGAACAUCUCAAAAAUACAAUAUUUGUUUGUCCACCUACCUGUUUUCCUCCAAGCAUUCUGAUGAUAUUUUCCCUAAAUGUUUAACUCUACCCUUACUGUUUUUAAUCACUAACAUUUUUUGUACAGGUAAAUAACGUCACUGAUAUGUUGAAGCUACAAGGUCACAGUGAUGGACAGCUAAUCAUCGUUCCCUGACAACAACUCUGUUCAGUAUCUGUUUGUGACAUCAAGAAAGCGCAGCUCUGUGCAGUAACUCUGCUCUGUAGGGUUUUUUUUCUUAUUUUCUUAUGAUGAAAGACUGUUCUUUCCUGUAAUUCUUUGAAGACAAAGUAAAAUGUGUGUCUGUUUA